AUGCCGCCAAGGAGAGUAAGGAGGGGUGGGUCGUGGUCUGAAGUGAUUGACUUGUCGGGAAGUGAAGACACGUCUGAUGGUGUGAUUGGGCCUGCAAUGGAAGAACAAGAUAGUUCAAAGGAAACUGGGCAGUCUGGAUGUGUGAACAGGCUGGCACCGCCGAGUGAGCAUGAGGAAUCCAAUGAGCAAUUGUUUCCCACGGAAUCUGAGGAAUCGGAAGAGCCGCGGUUCUCACCAAUACGCCAUGGAUUGGGUGCAUAUCGUGAUGAACGGGAAUAG